CAAAACCAAAAAGGGCCACCAAAUUAUUAAGAUUUUUCUGCCAAAGGAUACGGAGUCGCACCGCGCUAGCUGCUGGGUACGAGAAACACAUCAAACCGUCAUAAAUGAAGCGUCACCAAAAAAAGAACUAUGGUGGCGUCGCAAACCUGUGCGGAACAGGGAUGACUAACGUUAAAACGUUUGUCUUCUUGGACCUCGAAACGACCGGCCUUCCAUGGAAUGAGUUCAACAGAACCACAAUAACCGAAUUGUCCAUGGUUGCGUGUGGCAAACAGCAUCUUCUGGACACGAUCAGCUGCCUUCCACGGGUACUGCACAAGCUAUCGCUCUGCUUCAAUCCAUCUCGAAGGAUUUCACAUGGGUCAUCGCUUAAAACGGGUUUGUACAACGAUUUGCUUCAGUAUGAGGGGAAGUUCGAUUCGGGUGCCGGUGAAAUGGUGAAACUAUUCCUGGAGCGCUUGCAAAAACCGAUAUGCUUUGUGGCACACAACGGAUACAGGUUUGACUUUAUUCUACUCAAGAAGCAGCUAGCGAGCCUCGAUGUGCAGUUGGACGGGCCAUUCGUUUGCAUCGACACACUUCCUGCCUUCCGAGCGAUAGAGGCGGACUUCGAACGGUCAUUCAUUGACAAUAACGAAGGUUUGGACAGUGAGCUUAUGGAGCUUGAGUAUGAAACGAUUUGCGUCAUGGAAAAACUUGAGCGUGAGUCAAGCGAGGAGUCUUCUUCGCCCACUCAAUUGACAGUUUUAGAUGAGCAAAUUGAAAAGAACUACAAACAAGCGCUACAUUCCUAUUUAAAUUUGACUCCCGAAGAGUUGCCUAACAGCAGUUUGGUUGAAGCCAACUGUCCUGCUUCACAGCUGGGCAGCACGGCCAUCAAACAGGAAGAUAAUGCUUUCAGUGCUUUGGAAUGCCUGGUUGGAGAGGAUGGUUCGACCGAUUACCAAAAGCGGAACGAAACUACCCCUAGUAAUAGACACACAAAAUCAAGAAACGCUCCUGCGAAAGAACAAUCUUUCAAUGAAUCGGAAAAGCAAUCUUCGCUGUCAACUGCAAAAGUACGGGCGGCACGUAAGCGGCUGUUCAAUGGACCGAAUCAAAAUUCACAAAACGGAUCUGUAAUCUGCGGUACUUGGCUGAAUAGUGGCAAACCGACUCGAAGGGGGUACUCUUUGUCGGAAAUAUACAAGCGCACCAUGGGUAAGGAGUUAAUAUCGGCACAUCAAGCAGAGAGUGAUGUUUUGGCCAUGAUCGAGUGUGUGAUCGUUCACGCCGAUCGAUUCGUGCAGUACGCGGAAGCGAACUGUGUUCCGUACGAAAACAUCAAGGAAAAUUUUUGAUUGUAAGCGACUGCAUAAGGCGACAAUUUUAAUUGUGUACAGUAUCCGAAGAACAUCGCAAAAGUCCAUCAUAUGUCCAGCGCAUAUACUAUUCGUUUAUAAUGCAGAACACAUCAGCUCGUUCCAUAGUUUCCCAAUAUCAAGCCACGCGAUGACUUUACAUCAUGAAAUGUAAAACUAUUUGCAUCGGA